AAUGCGAACAUCGUUCGAUCAACAAAAAGAGCUUCUAGAGUUAAUUCUAAAAUUGUUUCGAUUUGAAAUUUAUUUGUAUACAUUUCUUCAAAAUUGAGACUUAUUUAUAUCACAUUAUUGUUUCGAUUCUGUGCGAUGUCUGUCAAUAGAUAAGAGUUAAGAAAUUUCUUUUCUGCUGCACACCAAAUUUGUAAUCUUUUGUUCCCGGCACUACGAAUAUAUCCAAAUUUGAAUAUGGAUCAGGAUCUAGACUUUAUGAUCAACGCUUUAUCGCGUUCCAGCUCACCAUUGUGCAACGUUUUUGGUCGUGAACAGUUGAUGGAGAUGCGCCACAGUUUUAUCAUGUUGCAACGUCUGCUGCGUUCGCAUCCCAUGGACAUUGGCCAGGACAUGGAUACGAACAUUAAUCACACAUGUUAUCCGGUGCGUGUAAAAGCCGGUGGCAACACCGAUUGGAAUGUGCCACGUGCCACGGCCACCGAGUUACCCACCAUGGUGAGAACAUUCCAAUUUCCUCCUCGAAAAAUGAACAAGGCAACGCAGAAUUCGAAGAGUUCGGUGCUGAGCAGCAGUGACCGACAAUUGAAUCUCAAGACAAGUGCUUCGAAUGUGGCAAGUGAGAGUAGCGAUCGGCCGGCAAGCUGCAGUGAGAAUGCUCAGGCUCUGGUGCCUUAUCAGCAAAGUCAGGAGCUAGUGCGCUAUACGCCACCAAGCGAUAAUGAAGAUGACGACGAAGAUGAAGAUGAAGAUGUUACUGCAGGGGAAUCCGAAACUCUGUGUCCCAAUGAUACUUUGUCGAUUCUCUCUCUUCGCAUACCCAUGGAAAUGGAAUACGUGUGGUACAAUGGCGACUUUGGGGCCGAGAGUACGGACAGCGAGAUGACCAUCAUUGCCGAUGGCUGCAAUUUCAUUUUAAGCAACUAACACAUAGAUCAUGGGAUUAUCAUUAAAAUUAAA